AUGACCAUCAUGUCCUCACAACCAAACAAGAAGCUACUCAAAAACCAGGUGGCCAUAAUCACCGGAGCCGGCGGAGGCCUGGGGCGGGAGUAUGCGCUGCUGUUUGCACAGCUCGGGGCAAAGGUCGUCGUCAACGACUACGGCGGCUCCCUGUCCGGCGUCAAAGGAGACGCGUCGCGCGCAGAAGCGGUUGUCAACGAAAUCCGCCAAGCGGGCGGCGAAGCCAUUGCCAGUGGUCAUGAUAUAUCGGUCCCCGACGAAGCCGAAGAUCUUGUCCAGGCAGCGCUGCAAUCGUUCGGUGCACUGCACAUUCUCGUGAACAAUGCUGGCACCGCGGGCUCGCACAGCGCGCACGACAAUCUCAAUAUCCACUCGUACACUCGGACCUGGGCUAUCGCGUGUCUCGGUACGAGCAUUAUGAUUAGCAAGGUGUGGCCGAGCAUGGCAGAGCAGAAGUAUGGGCGCAUUAUCAACACGUCGUCGGACUCGAUCCUGGGGUUUGGGGCUGGCGGCGACGGGGCCUAUGCUGCCUCCAAGGGCGCUGUCUUCGCUCUCACCAAGGAGCUCGGCUGCUUCGGGCAGAAGCACGGCAUCUACAUCAAUGGAGUCCUCCCUUCCGCUGCGUCUCGCAUGUCCGAUCUUUCGCCGUUCAUCAAAAGCAUUACGAGGAAGUACUUUGGUGCUCCUGUCGUUGCUCCCUUCGUUGCGGCGCUCGCGUCUAGGGAAUGCCCGUGCUCUGGGGAGCUAUUUAGUGUUGGCGCGGGGAGAGCGGCGCGGAUGACGUUCGCUACGUGCCCUGGUUUGGCUGGCGCGGCGGAGGCGAGUCAGUUCGUGGAUAAUUUCGAUACAGUGUUGGGAAAGGGCCAGGAGUUGUUUGUGCCCGCGAACUGUGUAGAGCAGAUUGCUUAUAGUAUUGAGCACGCUACUGGGGAAAAGGUGGACCUCAACGAGAUAGAGCAUGAUGAAUGA